AUGGUUAAAGCAGGUGUUUUAGGUGCCACUGGCUCUGUGGGCCAGCGUUUCAUCUUGUUGUUGGCUGAGCAUCCUGAGUUCGAGAUCCACGCUUUGGGUGCUUCUUCUCGUUCGGCUGGUAAGGCUUACAAGGACGCUGUUACUUGGAAGCAGACUGCUCUUUUGCCAGAAGUCGCCAGAGGCAUCAAGGUUGAAGAGUGUAAGCCUGAAGGAAAGUUCGCUGAGUGUGAUGUUGUGUUUUCUGGUUUGGAUUCCGACUAUGCUGGCGAGAUCGAGAAGGCUUUUGUCAACGCUGGCAAGGCUGUCAUCUCCAACGCUAAGAACUACAGAAGAGAGCCUGAGGUUCCUUUGGUGGUGCCAAUCGUCAACCCAGAGCACUUGUCUGUGGUUGAGAAGAAGGUCGCUGACGCUGAAAAGGCUGGCCAGCAGAAACCUGGUUUCCUUGUGUGUAUCUCCAACUGCUCUACUGCUGGUUUGGUGGCUCCAUUGAAGCCUUUGGUGGAGAAGUACGGUCCAAUUGAUGCCUUGACCACCACUACUUUGCAGGCUAUUUCUGGUGCUGGUUUCUCUCCUGGUGUUUCUGGCAUUGACGUCUUGGACAACAUUGUGCCAUACAUUGGUGGUGAAGAAGAGAAGAUGGAGUGGGAAACCAGAAAGAUCUUGGGCCACCCUAACUCUGACAACACUGCCUUUGAGCUUUUGGAUCACGACAAGAUGAAGGUCAGUGCUCAGUGUAACAGAGUUGCUGUCAGCGAUGGCCACACUGAAUGUAUCUCUUUCAGAUUCGCCAACAGACCAGCUCCAUCUGUUGAGGACAUCAAGAAGACCAUGAAGGAGUACGUCUGUGACGCCUCCAAGUUGGGCUGUCCAUCUGCUCCAAAACAGACUAUUCACGUUUUGGAGGAACAGGACAGACCUCAGCCUAGAUUGGACAGGGACAGAGACGCUGGUUACGGUGUUUCCGUCGGCAGAGUCAGAGAAGACCCAGUCUUGGACUUCAAGAUGGUUGUCUUGUCCCACAACACUGUCAUUGGCGCUGCUGGCGCCGGUAUCUUGAUCGCCGAGAUCUUGAAGGCCAAGAACGUCAUCUAG